CGACAGUGACCACAGAUUAGAUUAUAUUCAUUCAUCCAUCAUUUCCAAAAUUUGGAUUAAAUUUUUCAACAAAAAGCAAUUUUUAUUGUAUUGCUGCGAGCAUUUCUCUAAAAUAUCAGAAAUCAAAUGGGUGUAAUGAUGAAAUUAGUUGAUCAAGUGGUUCGGAGUUUUAAAGUUGCUAAAGUAUUUAGAGAAAACACCGAUAAAAUAAACAGCAUAGAUUUCUCACCUAGCGGCGAAACUUUGAUAUCGUGCAGUGAAGAUGAUCAAAUUGUUAUUUAUGACUGUGAGAAAGGAACUCAGAUGAUAACCGUAAACAGCAAGAAAUAUGGAGUAGAUCUUAUACAUUUUACACACGCUAAAAACACUGCUAUUCACAGUUCAACUAAAGUGGAUGAUACGAUUAGAUACCUAUCUUUACAUGACAAUAAAUACAUUCGGUAUUUUCCUGGCCAUACUAAGAAAGUAGUGACCCUUUGUCUAUCACCAGUGGAAGACACAUUCCUGUCUGGAUCUCUGGAUAAAACCCUACGUCUUUGGGAUUUACGAUCACCAAACUGUCAAGGACUUAUGAAUCUAUCUGGAAGACCUGUUGCAGCGUAUGAUCCGGAAGGGCUUAUAUUCGCCGCUGGAGUCAACUCUGAAAGCAUAAAGCUUUAUGAUCUGAGAUCCUAUGACAAAGGUCCAUUUGUUACAUUUAAGCUGAAUCAAGAAAAAGAAUGUGAUUGGACUGGACUAAAAUUUUCUCGAGAUGGUAAAACAAUGUUGAUAAGCACAAAUGGUUCGAUAAUUCGCCUAGUCGACGCAUACCAUGGCACACCACUACAGACAUUCACAGGGCAUCUUAACAACAAGGGUAUACCAAUAGAAGCAUCAUUCAGCCCUGACUCACAAUACAUAUUCAGUGGCUCCACAGAUGGAAGAGUGCAUGUUUGGAAUGCGGACACGGGUUACAAAGUAUGUGUCUUAAAUGGAGACCACCCUGCGCCAAUUCAAUGUGUUCAGUUCAAUCCUAAAUUUAUGAUGCUAGCUUCAGCAUGCACAAACAUGGCAUUCUGGCUACCAACUAUAGAUGAUGUUUAGAGCAUAAACUAGCUGUAAGUGUUUCGAGCAAACUGAAUGAAUGAAAUUUGUGUGAGCUGAUGGCAUUACAUUUCCAAGUUGGUCCAGUUCCUCAAUGAGCUUCUGCAUUUCUUAUAAAUUGAUGAUGAUUCUUGUAUCUCAUGCAGUUAAAUAAAUAUUAUGGUAAUUAAGUCUUAUAAGUAUUUUAAGUAUAUGUAUAAUUUAAUGCAACUACAUUUUCAUAAUGUUAAAAAGUGAAAAAAUUUCUAAGGAAGAUGAUUCUGAAGGCACAAAUUCAAUUUUUGUGCUAAAUUCUUUGUUUAAAAUUCAACUCUUAUGAUUUUUAUGUUUCUGUAAAUCAGAUUUUCUGGUGGCAAAAUAUUAGAACUUUGUUAAAAUCAAAUUUGUGCCUUCAGAAUUGACAUCAAUAUAAUAAUAAUUUUACUUUUCAGUGGGUACAAAAAAUAUUUAACUAGUUCUGAAAAUAAACUGUAAUUAGCUAUGUAACUUAACAAUGUCUAAAUAGACAAAAGUAUGCAUAAAACUUAAACAUUGAAGACAUUAAAGAUUAUAUAACAAAUUUUCAGUAUUAAAAUUUUA